CUGCAAAGCAUGGAGGAGGCCCACGCGGGAGCAGAUGCCCCCCCGCAGCCCGGGGAGGACGCCACGGGGGAGCAGGGGGCUGCGCCCCAAGCAGGCCGGGACUCUGGGAGCGGUGAUGGGGCAGGCAAGGAGAUAAAGGAGGAGGAGGAGAGGCAGCCCAUGGAGGAGCAGAGGGUGGUGCUGGAAAGAGCCGGAGAGGAGCCCCAGAGCCCCAGGGUGGAGAUGGACCAGGAUGUCCCACGGCAGCCAGGGGAGACACACGGUAGCCAAGAGCCAAGAAGACCCCGAAAAUGCUCUUUCAAAGGGACGUAUGGUGGGGGCCGUCAGGGAGACGCAACCCAACCAACGAAUCAGUCCAGAGAGAAGGUGUACACGUGUCUGGACUGUGGGAAGGUCUUCAACCGCAGGAGCAGCCUGAGCCGUCACCAUCAGUCCCACACGGGAGAGAAGCCCUUCAAGUGCCUGGAUUGUGGGAAGAGCUUCAGGUAUAGUGUGAAACUCCUGCGUCACCGGACGACACACACCAAGGAGAAGACCUUUCUCUGCACAACAUGUGGAAAAGUCUUCUCCUGGCGCUCGUACCUCCUCAUCCACCAGCGCAUCCACACGGGACUGAGACCCUACACCUGCUCGUACUGUGGGAAGAGCUUCCAGCGGAGUUACCACCUCAGGAGCCAUCAGCAAGCCCUGCACAGUGUAUUUCUGUCCCCAGUGCUGGGUCCUGGGGGGACUGGGAAGGAGGAGGAGAGGCAGCCCAUGGAGGAGCAGAGGGUGGUGCUGGAAGGAGCCGGAGACGAGCCCCAGAGCCCCAGGGUGGACGGGGACCAGGAUGUCCCCCGGCAGCCAGGGGAGACGCAAGGUAGUCAAGAGCCAAGAGGAACCCAAAACUCUUCUUCCCACGGGAUGUGUGCUGAAGACCUUCAAAAGCACGGAACCCAACCAAGCAGUAUCUCCAGAGGGAAGGUCUAUAAGUGUCUGGAGUGUGGGAAGGUUUUCAACUGGGGCAGCAGCCUGAGCCGUCACCGACGAAUGCACAGAGGAGAGAAGCCCUAUAAAUGUGGGGAUUGCGGGAAGGGCUUCAGGGAUAGCGGGAAUCUUCUGUCUCACUGGAGGACACACACCAAGGAGAAGCCCUUUCUCUGCACCACCUGUGGGAAUCGCUUCUCCUGGUAUUCAAACCUCAUGAAACACCAACAAACCCACACGAGAGUGAGAUCGUUCCCCUGCUCGCACUGCGGGAAGACCUUCCAGCGUAUUUAUCACCUCAGGAAGCAUCAGCAAAACCGCCACAGUGGUGAUGGGACAGGCAAGGAGAAGGAGGAGCAGAGGGUGGUGCCGGAAGGAGCCGGAGAGGAGCCCCAGAGCCCCAGGGUGGACGGGGACCAGGAUGUCCCCCGGCAGCCAGGGGAGACGCAAGGUAGCCAAGAGCCAAGAGGACCUCGAAAACGCUCUUUCAAAGGGACGUAUGCUGAAGACCUUCAAGAAGACUCAACCCAACCGAGGAGUAGCUCCACAGAGAAGGUAUACAAGUGUGUGGACUGUGGGAAGGUCUUCACCUGCAGCAGCAGGCUGACCCGUCACCAACGGAUGCACACAGGAGAGAAACCCUUUGAGUGUCAGGAGUGUGGGAAGAGCUUCUCGCAGAGAGGGAACCUCCUGUCUCACCAGAGGACACACACGAAUGAGAAGCCCUUCAUCUGCACCACGUGUGGGAAACGCUUCACGUGGUGCUCAAACCUCAUCAUCCACCAACGCAUCCACACGGGAGAGAGACCCUACGCCUGCUCGCACUGCGGGAAGAGCUUCCGGCAGAAAGCUCAACUCAGGAAGCAUCAGCAAACCCGCCACAAGGGUGAUGGGACAGACAAGGAGAAGGAGGAGCAGAGGGUGGUGCUGGAAGGAGCCAGAGAGGAGCCUCAGAGCCCCAAGGUGGAUGGGGACCAGGAUGUCCCACGGCAGCCAGGGGAGACGCGAGGUAGCCAAGAGCCAAGAGGAACCCGAAGAUGCUCUUUCCAAGGGUCGUGUGCUGAAGACCUUCAAGAGGACUCAACCCAACCGAGGAGUAGCUUGAUAGAGAAGGAGCACAAGUGUCAGGAGUGUGGGAAGGUCUUCACCCGUGGGAGCAGCCUGAUCCGUCACCAACGGAUCCACACGGGAGAGAAGCCCUUCAAGUGCCAGGAGUGUGGGAAGAGCUUCAGGGAGAGUGCAACCCUCCUGUGUCACUGGAGGACGCACACCAAGGAGAAGCCCUUUCUCUGCACCACGUGUGGGAAACGCUUCUCCUCAAGGACAGAGAUCGUCAAACACCAACGCAUCCACACGGGAGAGAUCCCGUACGUCUGCUCACACUGCGGGAAGAAGUUCUGGAAGAAGUGUGACCUCAGGAGGCAUCAGCAGGGCCUCCACAAUGGUGAUGGGGCAGGCAAGGAGAUAAAGGAGGAGGAGGAGAGGCAGCCCAUGGAGGAGCAGAGGGUGGUGCUGGAAGGAGUCAAAGAGGAGCCCCAGAGCCCCAGGGUGGACGGGGACCAGGAUGUCCCACAGCUGCCAGGGGAGACACACGGUAGCCAAGAGCCAAGAGGAACCCAAAGAUUCUCUUUCAAAGAAGAACCCCAGAGCCCCAAGGUGGAGAUGGACCAGGAUGUCCCCCGGCUGCCAGGGGAGACACACAGUAGCCAAGAGCCAAGAGGAACCCAAAGAUGCUCUUUCAAAGAGGAGCCCCAGAGCCCCAAGGUGGAGAUGGACCAGGAUGUCCCACGGCAGCCAGGGCAGACGCAAGGUAGCCAAGAGCCAAGAGGACCCCGAAAAUGCUCUUUCAAAGGGACGUAUGCUGAGGACCUUCAAGAAGACUCAUCUGAAGGAGGCAGUAGCUCCAGAGGGAAGGUCUACAAGUGUCUUCUAUGUGGGAAGGUCUUCAGCUGGGCAAGUAGCCUGAGCCGUCACCGCCGGUUCCACACCGGAGAGAAGCCCUACAAGUGCCAGCAUUGCGGGAAGAGCUUCAGGGAGAGUGGGGAUCUUCUGUCCCACUGGAGGACGCACACCAAGGAGAAGGCCUUUUUCUGCACCACAUGUGGGAAACACUUCUCCUGGUACUCAAGCCUCUUAAAACACAAGCGCACCCACACAGCGGUGAGAUCGUACAGCUGCUCGCACUGUGGGAGGACCUUCCAGCGGAAUUAUCACCUCAGGAAGCAUCAGCAAAUAGUCCACAGUGGGACAUAUGUUGCAAAAGUUCGAAAAGUUGCAAGACAACCACGGCGUAGCUCCAGAGAGGAGAUGCACACGUGUGUGGACUGUGGGAAGGUCUUCACCUCCGUGCGAAACCUGAGGCAACACCAGUGGAUCCACACGGGAGAGAAGCCCUAUAAGUGCCUGGAUUGUGGGAAGACCUUUAGGGAUAGUGGGAAACUCCUGCGUCACCGGAUAACCCACACCAAGGAGAAGCCGUUUGUCUGCACCACGUGUGGGAAACGGUUCUCCUGGAGCUCAAACCUCACCAUCCACCAGCGCAUCCACACGGGAGAGAGACCCUACACCUGCUCGUACUGCGGGAAGAGCUUCCAGCGUCGUUAUUACCUCAGGGAUCAUCAGCAAGCCCUCCAUGGAGUAUUUCUGUCCCCAGUGCUGGGUCCUGGGGGGACUGGGAAGGAGGAGGAGAGGCAGCCCAUGGAGGAGCAGAGGGUGGUGCUGGAAGGAGCCGGAGAGGAGCCCCAGAGCCCCAGGGUGGACGGGGACCAGGAUGUCCCACGGCAGCCAGGGGAGACGCAAGGUAGCCAAGAGCCAAGAGGAACCCAAAACUCUUCUUCCCACGGGACGUGUGCUGAAGACCUUCAAAAGCACGGAACCCAACCAAGUAGUAUCUCCAGAGGGAAGGUCUAUAAGUGUCUGGAGUGUGGGAAGGUUUUCAUCUGGGAGAGCAGCCUGAGGCGACACCGACGGUUCCACAGGGGAGAGAAGCCCUACAAGUGCCAGGAUUGCGGGAAGGGCUUCAGGGAUAGAGGGAAUCUUCGGUCUCACCAGAGGACACACACCAAGGAGAAGCCCUUUGUCUGCACCACCUGUGGGAAACGCUACUCCUCGUACUCAGGCUUCAUAAAACACCAACGGUCCCACACAGAAGUGAGGUCGUUCCCCUGCUCGCACUGCGGGAGGAUCUUCCGGCAGAAUUAUCACUUCAGGAAACAUCAGCAAAAAGUCCACGGUGGGACGUGUGCUGAAGACCUUCAGGUUGCUUCGAGACAACCAAAGAGUAGCUCCAGAGAGAAGCUGCACAAGUGUCUGGAGUGCGGGAAGGCCUUUGUCUGUAGGAGCAAACUCAUCCGUCACCAACGGGUCCACACGGUAGAGAAAACCUUGAAGUGCCAGGAAUGCGGGGAGAGCUUCACACAGAAACGUCAAUUCCUGCGUCACCAGCGGACACACACCGAUGAGAAGCCAUUUCUCUGCACCACGUGUGGGAAACGCUUCAACUUGAAAUCAAACCUCACCAUCCACCAGCGCAUCCACACGGGAGAGAAACCCUACACCUGCUCACACUGCGGGAAAACCUUCCGGCAGAGCUCUCAAGUCAGGAGGCAUCAGGAAGCCCUCCACAGUGGUGAUGGGACAGACAAGGAGAAGGAGGAGGAGAGGCAGCCCAUGGAGGAGCAGAGGGUGGUGCUGGAAGGAGCCGAAGAGGAGCCCCAGAGCCCCAAGGUGGAGAUGGACCAGGAUGUCACACAGGAGCCAGGGGAGACGAAAGGUAGCCAAGAGCCAAGAGGAACCCAAAGAUUCUCUUUCAAAGAGGAACCCCAGAGCCCCAAGGUGGAGAUGGACCAGGAUGUCCCACGGCAGCCAGGGGAGAUGCAAGGUAGCCAAGAGCUAAGAGGAACCCCAAAAUUGCCCUUGAAUGGGACGUGUGCUGAAGAACUUUGGGAAGAUGCAACUCAACCAGGGAGUAGCUCCAGAGAGAAGGAGCACAAGUGCCUGGAGUGCGGGAAGGGCUUUGCCUCUAUGAGCAACCUGAGCCGUCACCGAUGGAUCCACGCAGCAGAGAAUCCCUUCAAGUGCCGGGACUGUGGAAAAACCUUCAUGGAGGGCUGGAACCUCUUGUGUCACCAGCAGACACACACCAAGGAGAAGCGCUUUGUCUGCACCACGUGUGGGAGACGCUUCACGUGUCAGUCGAACCUCACCACACACCAGUACGUCCACACAGCAGAGAGACCGCAUGCCUGCUCACACUGCGGGAAGAGCUUUUGGAAGAGGUGUGACCUCAGGAGGCACGAGGAGGUCAUCCAUAAUGGUGAUGGGACAGGCAAGGAGAUAAAGGAGGAGGAGGAGAGGCAGCCCAUGGAGGAGCAGAGGGUGGUGCUGGAAGGAGUCAAAGAGGAGCCCCAGAGCCCCAAGGUGGAGAUGGACCAGGAUGUCCCACGGCAGCCAGGGCAGACGCAAGGUAGCCAAGAGCCAAGAGGACCCCGAAAAUGCUCUUUCAAAGGGACGUAUGCUGAGGACCUUCAAGAAGACUCAUCUGAAGGAGGCAGUAGCUCCAGAGGGAAGGUCUACAAGUGUCUUCUAUGUGGGAAGGUCUUCAGCUGGGCAAGUAGCCUGAGCCGUCACCGCCGGUUCCACACCGGAGAGAAGCCCUACAAGUGCCAGCAUUGCGGGAAGAGCUUCAGGGAGAGUGGGGAUCUUCUGUCCCACUGGAGGACGCACACCAAGGAGAAGGCCUUUUUCUGCACCACAUGUGGGAAACACUUCUCCUGGUACUCAAGCCUCUUAAAACACAAGCGCACCCACACAGCGGUGAGAUCGUACAGCUGCUCGCACUGUGGGAGGACCUUCCAGCGGAAUUAUCACCUCAGGAAGCAUCAGCAAAUAGUCCACAGUGGGACAUAUGUUGCAAAAGUUCGAAAAGUUGCAAGACAACCACGGCGUAGCUCCAGAGAGGAGAUGCACACGUGUGUGGACUGUGGGAAGGUCUUCACCUCCGUGCGAAACCUGAGGCAACACCAGUGGAUCCACACGGGAGAGAAGCCCUAUAAGUGCCUGGAUUGUGGGAAGACCUUUAGGGAUAGUGGGAAACUCCUGCGUCACCGGAUAACCCACACCAAGGAGAAGCCGUUUGUCUGCACCACGUGUGGGAAACGGUUCUCCUGGAGCUCAAACCUCACCAUCCACCAGCGCAUCCACACGGGAGAGAGACCCUACACCUGCUCGUACUGCGGGAAGAGCUUCCAGCGUCGUUAUUACCUCAGGGAUCAUCAGCAAGCCCUCCAUGGAGUAUUUCUGUCCCCAGUGCUGGGUCCUGGGGGGACUGGGAAGGAGGAGGAGAGGCAGCCCAUGGAGGAGCAGAGGGUGGUGCUGGAAGGAGCCGGAGAGGAGCCCCAGAGCCCCAGGGUGGACGGGGACCAGGAUGUCCCACGGCAGCCAGGGGAGACGCAAGGUAGCCAAGAGCCAAGAGGAACCCAAAACUCUUCUUCCCACGGGACGUGUGCUGAAGACCUUCAAAAGCACGGAACCCAACCAAGUAGUAUCUCCAGAGGGAAGGUCUAUAAGUGUCUGGAGUGUGGGAAGGUUUUCAUCUGGGAGAGCAGCCUGAGGCGACACCGACGGUUCCACAGGGGAGAGAAGCCCUACAAGUGCCAGGAUUGCGGGAAGGGCUUCAGGGAUAGAGGGAAUCUUCGGUCUCACCAGAGGACACACACCAAGGAGAAGCCCUUUGUCUGCACCACCUGUGGGAAACGCUACUCCUCGUACUCAGGCUUCAUAAAACACCAACGGUCCCACACAGAAGUGAGGUCGUUCCCCUGCUCGCACUGCGGGAGGAUCUUCCGGCAGAAUUAUCACUUCAGGAAACAUCAGCAAAAAGUCCACGGUGGGACGUGUGCUGAAGACCUUCAGGUUGCUUCGAGACAACCAAAGAGUAGCUCCAGAGAGAAGCUGCACAAGUGUCUGGAGUGCGGGAAGGCCUUUGUCUGUAGGAGCAAACUCAUCCGUCACCAACGGGUCCACACGGUAGAGAAAACCUUGAAGUGCCAGGAAUGCGGGGAGAGCUUCACACAGAAACGUCAAUUCCUGCGUCACCAGCGGACACACACCGAUGAGAAGCCAUUUCUCUGCACCACGUGUGGGAAACGCUUCAACUUGAAAUCAAACCUCACCAUCCACCAGCGCAUCCACACGGGAGAGAAACCCUACACCUGCUCACACUGCGGGAAAACCUUCCGGCAGAGCUCUCAAGUCAGGAGGCAUCAGGAAGCCCUCCACAGUGGUGAUGGGACAGACAAGGAGAAGGAGGAGGAGAGGCAGCCCAUGGAGGAGCAGAGGGUGGUGCUGGAAGGAGCCGAAGAGGAGCCCCAGAGCCCCAAGGUGGAGAUGGACCAGGAUGUCACACAGGAGCCAGGGGAGACGAAAGGUAGCCAAGAGCCAAGAGGAACCCAAAGAUUCUCUUUCAAAGAGGAACCCCAGAGCCCCAAGGUGGAGAUGGACCAGGAUGUCCCACGGCAGCCAGGGGAGAUGCAAGGUAGCCAAGAGCUAAGAGGAACCCCAAAAUUGCCCUUGAAUGGGACGUGUGCUGAAGAACUUUGGGAAGAUGCAACUCAACCAGGGAGUAGCUCCAGAGAGAAGGAGCACAAGUGCCUGGAGUGCGGGAAGGGCUUUGCCUCUAUGAGCAACCUGAGCCGUCACCGAUGGAUCCACGCAGCAGAGAAUCCCUUCAAGUGCCGGGACUGUGGAAAAACCUUCAUGGAGGGCUGGAACCUCUUGUGUCACCAGCAGACACACACCAAGGAGAAGCGCUUUGUCUGCACCACGUGUGGGAGACGCUUCACGUGUCAGUCGAACCUCACCACACACCAGUACGUCCACACAGCAGAGAGACCGCAUGCCUGCUCACACUGCGGGAAGAGCUUUUGGAAGAGGUGUGACCUCAGGAGGCACGAGGAGGUCAUCCAUAAUGGUGAUGGGACAGGCAAGGAGAUAAAGGAGGAGGAGGAGAGGCAGCCCAUGGAGGAGCAGAGGGUGGUGCUGGAAGGAGUCAAAGAGGAGCCCCAGAGCCCCAAGGUAGAGAUGGACCAGGAUGUCCCACGGCAGCCAGGGGAGACGCAAGGUAGCCAAGAGCCAAGACGACCCCGAAAAUGCUCUUUCAAAGAGGAGCCCCAGAGCCCCAAGGUGGAGAUGGACCAGGAUGUCCCACGGCAGCCAGGGGAGAUGCAAGGUAGCCAAGAGCCAAGAGGAACCCAAAGAUGCUCUUUGGAAGGGACGGGCGCUGAAGCCCAUCAGGAAGACUCAACCCAACCAAGGAGUAGAUCCAGAGGGAAGGUCUACAAGUGUCUGGAAUGUGGGAAGGGCUUUGCCUCUGGGAGAAACCUGAUCCGUCACCAACUGAUCCACAGCGAAGAGAAGCCCUACAAGUGCUUUGAUUGUGGGAAGAGCUUCAGGUAUGAAAUGAAACUCCUGAAUCACCGGCAGAUACACAGCAGUGAGAAGGCCUUUCUCUGCAAGACGUGUGGAAAAAGUUUCUCCUUUAGCUGGUACCUUAUGAAACAUCAACACGUCCACACGGGAGUGAGACCAUUCUCCUGCUCGCACUGCGGGAAGACCUUUAGAGAUAGUUACAGCGUCAAAAGGCAUCAGAGAGCCCGCCACAGUGGUGAUGGGACAGACAAGGAGAAGGAGGAGCAGAGGGUGGUGCUGGAAGGAGCCGGAGAGGAGCCCCAGAGCCCCAGGGUGGAGAUGGACCAGGAUGUCCCCCGGCAGCCAGGGGAGACACAAGGUAGCCAAGAGCCAAGAGGAACCCAAAGAUGCUCUUUCAAAGAGGAGCCCCAGAGCCCCAGGGUGGAGAUGGACCAGGAUGUCCCCCGGCAGCCAGGGGAGACAAAAGGUAGGCGAGCGCGAAGAAGACUCCGAAAAUGCUCUUUCAAAGGGACGUAUGCUGAAGAACUUAAGGAGGAUGCAAAUCAACAAAGGUGUAGCACCAGAAAGAAGGUCUAUGAGUGUCAGGAGUGUGGGAAGGUCCUGAGCUGUGCAAGAAACCUGACGCGUCACAAACGGAUCCACACGGGAGAGAAGCCCUUCAAGUGCUUGGACUGCGGGAAGAGCUUUGGGUAUAGUGUGAAACUCCUGCGUCACCGGAUGACACACACCAAUGAGAAAUCCUUUGUCUGCUCUGUAUGUGGGAAAAGCUUCACCCUUAAGUCGUACCUGGUGAAACACCAAAGCACCCACACUGGCGUGAGACCGUACGCCUGCUCACACUGCGGGAAGAGAUUCCGGCAAAACAUUCACCUCAGGAAACAUCAGCAAAGCCAGCACAAGGGUGAUGGGACAGGCAAGAAGAUUAAGGAGGAGGAGGAGAGGCAGCCCAUGGAGGAGCAGAGGGUGGUGCUGGAAGGAGUCAAAGAGGAGGCCCAGAGCCCCAGGGUGGAUGGGGACCAGGAUGUCCCCCGGCAGCCAGGGGUGACGCAAGGUAGCCAAGAGCCAAGAGGAACCCAAAGAUGCUCUUUGGAAGGGACGGGCGCUGAAGCCCAUCAGGAAUACUCAACCCAACCAAGGAGUAGCUCCAGAGGGAAGGUCUACGAUUGUCUGGAAUGUGGGAAGAUCUUUGCCUGUGCGAGCAACCUGAGCCGUCACCGGCGGAUCCACACAGGAGAGAAGCCCUACAAGUGCUUUGAUUGUGGGAAAAGCUUCAGGGAUAAAGUGAGACUCCUGACUCACCGGCAGACGCACACCGGUGAGAAGCCCUUUCUCUGCACGACGUGUGGAAAAACUUUCGCCUUUAGCUGGUACCUUAUCAAACAUCAACACAUCCACACGGGAGCGAGACCAUUCUCCUGCUCGCACUGCGGGAAGACCUUUAGAGAUAGUUACAGCGUCACGAGGCAUCGGAGAGCCCGCCACAGUGGUGAUGGGAUAGACAAGAAGAUGAAGGAGGAGCAGAGGGUGGUGCUGGAAGGAGUCAAAGAGGAGCCCCAGAGCCCCAAGGUAGAGAUGGACCAGGAUGUCCCCCGGCAGCCAGGGGAGACGCAAGGUAGCCAAGAGCCAAGAGGAACCCAAAGAUGCUCUUUGGAAGGGACGGGCGCUGAAGACCUUCAAGAAAACACAAGCCAACAAAGGAGCACCUCCACAGAGAAGGCGUACAAGUGUGUGGACUGUGGGAAGAUCUUUGCCUGUGCAAGCAACCUGACCCGUCACCAACGGAUCCACACGGACGAGAAGCCCUACAAGUGUCAGGAAUGUGGGAAGAGAUUCAGGGAUAGUGGAAAACUCCUGCGUCACUGCAGGAUUCACAGCGAUGAGAAGCCCUUUGUCUGCAACACAUGUGGGAAACGCUUCACGUUCAGUUCGUACCUCCUUGUCCACCAGCGUGUCCACACUGGUGAGACACCAUAUGACUGCUCACACUGCGGAAAAACCUUCCGGUACAUAUGUCAACUCAGGAGGCAUCAGCGAUCCGUCCACAGUGAGCUCUAUCCUGCAGAAGUUGUAAAACACUCAACCCCACCAAAGAAGAGGUUCAGAGGGAAGUUUUACAAGUGUACGGACUGUGGGAAGGCCUUCACCUGCCCCAGCAACCUGAACAGUCACCGACGGAUCCACACGGGAGAGAAGCCCUUCGAGUGCCAGGAGUGCGGGAAGAAGUUCAGGGAUAGUGGGAAUCUCCGCGGUCACCUGAAGACCCACACCAAGGAGAAGCCCUUUCUCUGCACCACGUGUGGGAAACGGUUCGCCUGGAGCUCGAACCUCCUCAUCCACCAGCGCAUCCACACGGGAGAGAGGCCCUACCCCUGCUCGCGCUGUGGGAAGGGAUUUGUGACGAUGACUCAUCUCCGCAGGCACCAAGCUUUCCACAAUGGUGAUGGGGCAGGCAAGGAGAUAAAGGAGGAGGAGGAGAGGCAGCCCAUGGAGGAGCAGAGGGUGGUGCUGGAAGGAGCCGGAGAGGAGCCCCAGAGCCCCAGGGUGGACGGGGACCAGGAUGUCCCACGGCAGCCAGGGGUGACGCAAGGUAGCCAAGAGCCAAGAAGACCCCGAAAAUGCUCUUUCAAAGGGACGUAUGCUGAAGAACUUCAAGAAGAUGCAACCCAACAAAGGCGUAGCUCCAGAGAGAAGGUCUACAAGUGCAUGGACUGUGGGAAGAGCUUUGCCUGGAGGAACAGCAUGAGACGUCACCGACGGAUCCAUACGGGAGAGAAGCCCUUCAAGUGCAGUAUUUGUGGGAAGAGCUUCAUGGAGAGCGGCGUGUUCUGGCAUCACUGGAGAGGGCACACAGACGAGAGGCCCUUUGUCUGCACCACGUGUGGGAAACGGUUCGCCUGGCGCUCGAACCUCGUCUCCCACCAGCGCGUCCAUUCGGGAGACAAACCCUACGCCUGCUCGCGCUGCGGGCAGACCUUCCGGAGGAGGAGUCACCUCCAGAGCCAUGAGGAAACCCUGCACAGUGGCGCUGAGCACCCACGCGGAGCCAGGACAACCACCCUGGGUGCUGGAGGAAAAGUUGGGGAGGAAGGAGGAGCCGACGCUGACGGGGCAAAGGGGUGGCAGGAAGAUCAUCCCUGAGGAGAUUUCCCAGGAGGUGGCUUGGGUACAUGGGCAACGUGGCUCUCCCUUCACCCCAGCGCGUGGGACCAUCACGUCCAAGAGCCGCAGCAUCUCCAUGGGGCCUUGUGCGUCCGGGGAGACGCGAUGUUUCAGGAACGCUGCCCUCCUGGCAAAACCAGGCUGCUCCCGUGAGUCCAAAGGGAUUAGAAAGUCUCGUUAGUCGGCGGGGUCGUUAGGAAGACCCAACGUUGAGCAAACGGCUGGACUGUCUUGGUCGGACGUUUUGGUGGGGUGUUGGUUGGGUGUUCCACGCUGUGACCAUCCUGUUGUCUUCUACUCAGUUUGCUCUUUCUAUGUUUCUCUCUCCCUGUUCAUCAGUCGCUUCGUUAAAAGCGUGUUCCACUAAUUAUUACCUGAUUCCAGACUGUGAGGAUGAACUUCACUGAUGGUGCUCACCAAGGCCCUGGCUUUUGUGCUUCCCGGUGGGAUACAGGGAUACCGGACUGUGAUGGUGGAGGGAUGAGUCGCUCUCACCGACAGCUCAGGGAGUAUUUUACUGUGAGGAAGGAGAUUGAUGUGACGGGGAAAACUGUGCCAAAACGUCUCAGGCACUUUGGAGGAAGCAAAAAUCCAGCCAGGACCCUGCAACAAAAAUCAAGCAUAAGGGGUGCUCCUUUUGUUACGCAGGUGCCCACGUCCGUGUGUGUGUAUAUAUAUAUGUAGACACGUAUCAAGGGUGUGUAUAUAUCAUAGCCUUUAGAAGAAAUAUCCCUAUUCUGUUUUUUGAAAUUUCUACCAAAUAUAUUGGAUUAUCCUCAUAAUA